AUGAUUAGUGGGAAACCUCCAUAUUUUUCACCAAACAAAGAUGAAAUGUUGAAUAAUAUUGAAUGCAAUAAGAUCUCAUUUCAAGGCAAUAUUUCAAAGAAUGUAAAUGGAUAAGUGAAUCACUAUAUAGAAAACCCUAUGAAAAAGUUGGGUGUUUCAUUGAGAGACCCGGACGAAAUAAAAGAUUAUCCUUUUUUUUUAAGUAAAUUAAUUGGUAUGAUCUAUUAUAACACGUAAUAAUAUUUGAAACUAUUAAAAUAAAAUUAUCAACGUUAUUAACCAAUUAUUAAUUAGGAGAUUUUCAAUUAAAAAUUUGCAUCCCUUUUGACUUUAUAUUAUCAGCUAAAAAGUCUAGAUUUAUUAAUUAAAUUAAUGGAUGAUUAUUUAUUAAUAAGCAUUUUUAGCUAACUUUGA